AUGAGCAGGCCUCAAGGCGGACGCAUUCAAGUCCCGGAUGACCUUAGAGAGAUCUUAUUGGAGUUCACCAUAAGUUAUCUGCUGGAGCAACCGGGCGACGUGAUCAACUACGCGGUCGAGUUCUUCACAAGAUUACAAAACAACAGGACGACCACCGUAGUGAGGGCCCCCACCGUUACUGCCGGCACCCCUGAUGAGUCCAUAAUAUCAGACGAAGAAGAGCCGCCAGUGGCGCGCUUCAACACUCGACGCAAGUCAGUGUUCGCUGAGACCUACGACCCCGAAGAAGAUGACUCGGACGAGGGAGCAACGACUGUGUUCCCCAAGUCGGACGCGCAACGCCAGCGUCUCGCCGAGGCAGUGCGCAGCAUCCUGCUGUUCCGCUCCCUCGACGCUCAGCAAAUGCAACAGGUGCUGGACGCCAUGUUCGAGAAACGCACGGAGCCAGGAGAGUACCUGAUCAGGCAGGGCGACGACGGAGACAACUUCUAUGUCAUCGAGAAUGGCAUGUUCGACGUGCUCGUCACCGGAGAUGAUCGCAUCGAGAAGGUGGUGCACACAUACGAAGGCAGCGGUUCGUUUGGCGAGCUGGCCCUGAUGUACAACAUGCCCCGCGCGGCCUCGGUGCGCGCGCAGACUCCGGGCCAGCUGUGGGCCAUGGACCGCCAUACCUUCCGUCGCAUCUUGCUCAAGAGCGCCUUCAAGAAGCGCAAGCUGUACGAAGAUCUCCUGGAGAAGGUGCCCAUGCUCAAGGCAUUGCAGGCGUACGAGCGCGCCAACCUCGCGGAUGCCCUGCUGCCGCGCACGCUGAUCGACGGCGAGCUGAUCAUCCGCCAGGGAGACACCGCCGACGGCAUGUACUUCGUCGAGGAUGGCGCCGUCAGCAUCCGCAUCACCCGCGAUGACGGCAACGAGCAUGAGAUCAAGCGUCUUGAGGCUGGUGGCUACUUCGGAGAGCUGGCUCUGGUCACACACAAGCCGCGCGCUGCUUCUGCUUACGCCGUUGGCCCUACCAGGGUGGCAUUCCUUGACGUGGAGACGUUCGAGCGGCUGUUGGGGCCGUGCAUGGAGAUCAUGAAGCGCAACAUCGACGACUACGAGGAGCAGCUCGUCAAGCUGUUCGGCGACAAGAGCAACCUCACCGACGUGCGAUGA